AUGCCCAGCAGGCAGCCAGGGAAGUGUGGGGGUGGAGGGGAGGUGAAGGGACAGAUCAACGAGUUGCCAAGAGACCUGGAGACCGACCCAUCCGGGCUGCCUUCCCUGGUGCGCUCUCGCCGGCUCCAUCCCUGGUUGCCAUGGAGACAGGAGGCGGUUGCCACGGAGACCGACGACUGCCAGGACCAGCCAAUCACUCCGGAGCUGCAGCUCCAGGGCUCACCUUUUGGAUGGAGGCAUCGGGCUGGGCGGGGCCCCCUUCCUCCCCAGGCCCUGCACCUUCUGCUUGGUCAGCGCAGCCACCGCAGCCCAAAGCGCUCCGAGCAUUCCAGGAUCCCAACCACCUCCCCAAUCUCCCACAACCAGGGUUCUGGGGGCGUCCCCGCCUCUUCCCGGCCACGGGCUAAUGCCACCCUGAGGCUGCUGCUGCCCGAGGCGGACGGACCCGGGCCCCGCACAGAUCUGUCCUGCGAUGCAGCUGCUGCCACCACCAUCCUGGGAGGGGACCGGCGGGAGCCCUGUGCUCUGACCCCAGGGCCCAGCCACCUGGCCCUCACGUUCCUGCCCAGCAAGCCGGGUGCCCGGCCCCAGCCUGAGGGAGCCAGCUGGGAUGCAGGGCCUGGUGGGGCACCCUCAGCCUGGGCAAAUCCAGGGGAGGGCGGCCCGAGUCCCAUGCUUCUCCCUGAGGGCCUGUCUUCCCAGGCUCUGUCGACCGAGGCUCCUCUCCCGGCCACCCUGGAGCCCCGGAUUGUGAUGGGAGAGGAGACGUGCCAAGCCCUCCUGUCACCCAGGGCUGCCCGGACAGCGCUCAGGGACCGGGAGGGUGGGCAUGCAAGCCCAGACCCACCCCCCGAGUUGUGUUCUCAGGGUGAUCUUUCUGUGCCUUCCCCUCCCCCAGACCCUGAUUCCUUCUUUACACCUCCCUCCACCCCCACCAAGACCACCUAUGCCCUGCUUCCCGGCUGUGGGCCCCUUGGAGAUGCGGGGGACUCAGAGGCUGAGCUGUGGGAUGAGCUGCUGGACUCGCCCCCGCCCUCACCCUCGGGCUCCUACAUUACGGCCGAUGGGGACAGCUGGGCCUCUUCACCCUCCUGUUCCCUCAGCCUGCUGGCUCCAGCUGAAGGGCUGGACUUCCCCUCAGGCUGGGGCCUGUCCCCCCAGGGGUCCAUGGCGGAUGAACGAGAGCUGCACCCUGCCGGAACCCCAGAGCCCCCCUCCUCUGAGUCCAGCCUCUCUGCAGACAGCAGCUCCUCCUGGGGCCAGGAGAGCCACUUCUUUGACCUGGACUUCCUGGCCAAUGACCCGAUGAUCCCUGCAGCCCUCCUACCCUUCCAGGGCAGCCUCAUCUUCCAGGUGGAGGCAGUGGAGGUGACACCGCUAUCCCCAGAGGAGGAAGAGGAGGCUGUGGCGGAUCCCGACCCAGGUGGGGACCUGGCUGGGGAGGGUGAGGAGGACAGCACGUCCGCCUCCUUCCUGCAGUCGCUGUCUGACCUGUCCAUCACGGAGGGCAUGGAUGAGGCCUUUGCCUUCCGAGACGACACCUCUGCAGCCUCCUCUGAUUCGGACUCAGCCUCCUACGCAGAGGCAGAUGACGAGAGGCUGUACAGCGGGGAGCCCCAUGCCCAGGCCACCCUCCUCCAGGACAGUGUCCAGAAGACAGAGGAGGAGAGCGGAGGUGGGGCCAAGGGGCUACAGGUUCAGGAAGGGACUAUGUCCUGGGCCCUGGAGGCUGCGCCUCAGACCUCAGCCAGAGGGGCCCCUCUCUCCCAGAGACAGGAAUCGAUCUCAGAAGUAACAGAAGAGGGCCUUGCUUUAGGCCAGGAGUCCACUGCCACUGUGACCCCUCACACUCUGCAGGUAGCCCCAGGCCUCCAGGUGGAGGCGGCUACCAGGGUGACCCCUCAGGCUGGGGAGGAAAAAGCGGACUCCACCACUGGACAAGCAUCUGCUGCCAUGGCAAUGCCUCAGCCCUCCCAGGAGGGCAUCAGCGAGAUCUUAGGCCAAGAGUCUGUCACUGCAGAAAAACUUCCAACUCCACAGGAAGAAACAAGCCUCACAUUGUGUCCAGACUCUCCUCAGAACUUGAAGGAAGAAGGAGGGCUGGACCUCCCCUCUGGCCCGAAGCCUGUAGCUGCAGCCUCACUUAUGCCCCAGCAGGCUGAAGAGGAUCUCACCUUACCCCAGGACCCCGCUGUGACACCACCUCUGCCCCUACAAGACACAGAUCUCUCGUCAGCCCCGAAGCCUGUGGCUGCAGCCUCGCUUGUGCCCCAGCAGGCUGAAGAGGACCUCACCUUACCCCAGGACCCCGCUGUGACACCACCUCUGCCUCUGCAAGACACAGAUCUCUCAUCAGCCCCAAAGCCUGUAGGUGCAGCCUCGCUUGUGCCCCAGCAGGCUGAAGAGGACCCCACCUUACCCCAGGACCCCGCUGUGACACCACCUCUGCCCCUGCAAGACACAGAUCUCUCGUCAGCCCCGAAGCCUGUGGCUGCAGCCACAACUGUCCCCAGGCAGGCUGAAGAGGAUCUCACCUUACCCCAGGGCCCCGCUGUGACACCACCUCUGCCCCUACAAGACACAGAUCUCUCGUCAGCCCCAAAGCCUGUAGGUGCAGCCUCGCUUGUGCCCCAGCAGGCUGAAGAGGACCUCACCUUACCCCAGGACCCCGCUGUGACACCACCUCUGCCUCUGCAAGACAUGGAUCUCUCGUCAGCCCCGAAGCCUGUAGAUGCAGCCUCGCUUGUGCCCCAGCAGGCUGAAGAGGACCCCACCUUACCCCAGGACUCUGCUAUGACACCACCUCUGCCUCUGCAAGACACAGGCCCCACCUCAGGUCCAGAGCCUCUGGCUGUGGCCACCCCUCAGACCUUGCAGGCAGAAGCAGGCUGCACCCCAGGGACAGAGCCUGUGGCCACCAUGGCUCAGCAGGAAGUAGGUGCGGCCUUAGGCCCCAGGCCAGCACCUGAGGAGAAGAAUGUAGCCCUCUCUAGAGUACCGGAGCCUGCAGCCUUGGACCAGGUCCAACAGGAUGACCCACAGCCAGCUGCAGAAGCUGGGACACCUUGGGCCGCACAGGAAGAUGCGGAUUCGACUUUGGGCAUGGAGGCCCUCUGUCUCCCUGAGCCUGCCUCUGGUGCUGGGGAGGAAGUAGCAGAAGCCCUUUCUAGGCCUGGAUGGGAAGCAUGUCUGGAAGCCCUAGUGCACACAAGUGAUGGGGCUAAGCCUGACUCACCCCAAAAGAAGACCCUGGAGGUUGAGAACCAGCAGGGAGGAGGCCUCAAGUCACCGGCACAGGAACAUGGACCCGGGUCAACACUUGGAGGUGCAGGGGAGGUCCCCGAGGCACCUCCUGCUGCCUGCCCUGAGGUCAGCCAGGCCUGGCUCCUGAGCCCAGCCAGGGAAGGAAGAGGCCUGAGUGGCAAGUCCACACUGGAGCCCACGCUUCCCUCAGCUGUGGCCACAGAGGCCAGUCUGGACUCCUGCCCAGAAUCUUCAGUAGGGGCUGUGUCCAGGCUGGACAGAGGCUGCCCUGACGCACCUGCCCCCACAUCUGCACCAACCCCCCAGCAGCUGGAGCCUGUGCUGGGUCUGGGCAGUGUUGAGCGACCCCACAAAGCACCCAGUGUCCUUGGCCCCCUCUUGCUGCAGCCCCCAGAAAACCUUGGCAAGGGUCUGCCCAGCGCACCCCCGGACAGGCCCCUGGGCCCUGAUCUUUCUGCUCCUGGUACCCUUGCUGGGGCAGCCCUACCCCCACUGGAGCCCCCAGCCCCCUGUCUGUGCCAGGACCUCCAGAAAGACUCCGUGGAAGAAGAGGAGCCCCCAGGCUCUCUGGGCCUCCCAAUGCCCCAGGCAGGAGCCCAGCCUGCCGCUGCUGCUGUCUCAGGAACCACACAGCCUCUGGGGACUGGGCCGCGAGUCAGCCUCUUGCCUCACUCCCCGCUCCUCAGCCCCAAGGUGGCCUCCAUGGAUGCCAAAGACCUGGCCUUGCAGAUCUCGCCGCCUUGCCAAGUGCCUCCUCCCUCUGGGCCCCAGAGCCCAGCUGGCCCUCAAGGGCUCUCGGCCCCCGAGCAGCAAGAGGACGAGGACAGCCUGGAGGAAGACUCGCCUCGGGCCCUGGGCUCGGGUCAGCAUUCGGAUAGCCACGGGGAGUCGUCAGCCGAGCUGGACGAGCAGGACAUCUUGGCUCCUCAGACCGCGCAGUGUCCAGCCCAGGCCCCAGCAGGCAGCAGUGAGGAGACCAUCGCCAAAGCCAAGCAGAGUCGCAGUGAGAAGAAGGCCCGAAAGGCAAUGUCAAAGCUGGGCUUGCGGCAGAUUCAGGGAGUCACCAGGAUCACCAUCCAGAAGUCCAAGAACAUCCUCUUUGUCAUCGCCAAGCCUGAUGUCUUCAAGAGCCCAGCCUCAGACACUUAUGUGGUCUUUGGCGAGGCCAAGAUUGAGGACCUGUCCCAGCAAGUGCACAAAGCUGCAGCUGAGAAGUUUAAGGUGCCCUCAGAGCCCUCGGCCUUGGUCCCUGAGUCAGCACCCAGGCCCCGGGUGAGGCUGGAGUGCAAGGAAGAGGAAGAGGAGGAGGAGGAAGAGGUGGACGAGGCGGGGCUGGAACUGCGUGACAUUGAGCUGGUGAUGGCGCAGGCCAAUGUGUCCAGGGCCAAGGCCGUGCGGGCUCUGAGAGACAACCACAGUGACAUUGUCAACGCCAUCAUGGAACUGACCAUGUAGCCGCUGACCGGAAGCUGGAGCCAUCCUACGCCUUCCCUCAGCUCUGCUACUCAAUAAAUCGGUGUCCCU